AGUAGAAGUAGAAGUUUUUGGAAUCAUAGUCCAGGUUGGAUAUCGCUGCUUUGUAGAAGUGAGCUACAAGCCAGCAGAACUCGGGUUCAUGGCAAUUGUAAACAUAUAAAAUAGGCACCUUCAAAGCUGAUCUAGUAAAAGAAAGGUUUGAUUACAGUUCCGUUUCCCCCCAGCCCCCACCCUGUACAACUCCCAUAGAACACAACACACCCGCUUGACAGGAGGACUAACAGGCUGCAUUGUUUGAAUGGCACUGUGCUUAUGGAGAAUGUUCCCAGAGUCUAUAGCACUCAGUGUGCAAUGAGCUAUUGUUUAGCUGUCCCAAAUUGAAGAUGUGAUUGGGCUGAACAAGCUUCAGCUCAGGCUUUUCUGCAUUCCUAGCUGGAGGCAGUGUACAGACAGGAAGACAAACAUGUGCAGGAACUUGGAGUUUGUGUUCAGCAGAGUUCAGCCAGCGCUGUGAUGUUCAGCCAACAUGCAGCUCACAGAAAGAAUGGAUACCUUUGUGGUGGCUCAUUGUUUAGCACUGCUGCUAUUCCAACCUGGCCUCUAUCUGAUUGGAUGGAUUCUCUACGAUGUAGCCAUGCAUGGCUAAGACAUAUCCCAUUUUUUGUUUUGUCUGAGAGAUUUAUUUUUACAGAAAGUAAAGAGGAGCUCUCAAUGUUGAAUCUGCUGCUGCACCAUGCUACAGCCAACAAGGCGCAUUACAAGAUGAAAUGUAAAAUCUGACUGUGACCUAAUAUGAGUACAGGAUAGCUUAUCAAUACUACAACCUGAUCUCAACAAAUGGCCAACAAAAUGUUCAUAUAUACCCAGUAUUCAUGGUGUGAAACAAGCUUGCAUUAACUCGGACAAUAUUGUAUAAGUGCAACAUUUGCUACAGAUUUAGUAAUCAAAGGCAACCAGGAUCAGGAGAUCACAUUUAUUGCACAUACUGUAUUUUUUAAAGCAAGCAUCAGUUUGUUUGCUGUGGGUUAUUAGACCUGGGUAAACUUUACAGCUACUGUUACAUUACUCAUUAAUUUCAUGAAGAGAUCCUUUUCAUAAUAUGGCUCCCUGCUGUGAGGUUCCUCAAGGCACAGACCAGUAUAAAGUGAACUGGGAAUCACUACCCACUGAAGCACAACUGGAAAAUGUUUGCACGCAAAUUGUAGAUAUGAAUGAAACAGUCAGCUGGUUUGUAUUUGUGCUGAGUGAGGGGUUGUACAAAAAAUAGUAUUAUUUCAGUUUCUUUAAAAUCAAUGUAAUCAUUAAAACAGAUCUUAAGACAUACCUUUCGUUAUACAUGUGUGUAAUACUGCAUUGCAGGGAGCUGUCCUAGGCACCGGCAGAAUCUUCUUUAUUCAGUUACAUGUGCAGCAAGGAGUUCAGCCUGAACAACUACACUGGAGUGUCUUCUUCAGUGCAGAGAAUAUGAGCACAUGAUGUGAUAUGAGUUUCUUGUCUUCCACUCUUCUGCCUGCUAUUCCCACUGGGCAUAAAGACCGGAAGUCAAGCUGGGCAUUCAACCAGUUCAGUUUUCACUUACGAUGAGAGAGCACUGGAAAAGCCCAUAAUGUUGGUUUUGGCAGCUGAUUCCAUUUUUGCCGAUCAAUUCAGCCGUCACAAGCUUAGGUAGGGGCUGCAGAGGGAGGAAGGAAGCAUGCAGAAGGCAAAGUAGUGGAAGGGAGGAUGCUUGAGCCCAUUAUAAGCUGCAAGGGGAGAAUCGUUCAGCUUGUUUUGUACCAUUUCUUCUAAUUGGUUGAACCAGCAUUUUCAAGGAUGGCAUCUGACGAAAGGGAACGUACACAAGUACUCAUCUGCUAACGGAAAUGUUUAAAAGAGGCAUUUUUCCAUCAGAUGUACUUGGACACUUGCACCAUUUUAAAUCAUUUUUGUUUUUCUUCUUUGUCUACAACAAAAAUGGAACAAAGGCCUCAUCCAUUUGAUUUUCAUUAUCAGCCAAUUUAGUUGCCUGUAUGCAUUGAAUUCCGUAUUAGUGAUUCUUGCUUCCUGAAGAUGAGGAAUUUCUGAGUCCUGUUCAGGCUAAACUGAGUACAUUUCACUAAUCAAAGGACCUUGUGGAAAGUUUUUAACAAGAAGCAUGAGUUUUCUAUCACCAGGAGAUGGAGAGUGGUUGGAUAGCAGCACAGAGGAAAAGAAGAGUCUCCUGACAUUCCUCGAGGUCCCAGCUGAGAGGUCACCCCGAAGGAGGAGUAUCUCAGGGACUAGCACGUCAGACAAAACCAACCCUAUGGAUCCUACAAAUACCUCUCCCUUUAAAGUCUCAGGCUUCUUUAGUAAACGUUUAAAAGGCUCCAUUAAGAGAACAAAGAGUCAAUCAAAGCUGGACCGGAAUACAAGUUUUCGCCUGCCUUCCCUUCGUCCUGCUGAGAGUGACAGGUCUCGCGGGUUACCUAAACUGAAAGAAUCUCGUUCCCAUGAAUCUUUGCUGAGCCCAGGAAGUGCGGUUGAGGCCCUGGACUUGGGAACUGAAGAUAAAAUUCUUGUAAAACCACUCCACAGCAGCAUAUUGGGGCAAGAUUUCUGUUUUGAGGUCACCUAUUCCAGUGGCAGUAAAUGUUUCAGCUGCUCAUCUGCAGCAGAGAGAGAUAAGUGGAUGGAAAAUCUUCGUCGAACUGUUCAACCAAACAAGGAUAACUGUCGCCGGGCAGAGAAUGUACUACGGCUGUGGAUCAUUGAGGCCAAGGACCUGGCUCCUAAGAAGAAGUACUUCUGUGAACUUUGUCUGGACGAUACUCUCUUUGCUCGAACCACAAGCAAGACAAAAGCAGACAACAUAUUUUGGGGGGAAUAUUUUGAGUUUUAUGGUUUACCCUCCCUGCACAACAUCACAGUUCACAUCUACAAGGAUGUUGAAAAGAAGAAAAAAAAAGAUAAAAACAAUUAUGUUGGUCUAGUGAAUAUUCCUAUGAUAAGUGUAACUGGGAGGCAGUUUGUGGAGAAAUGGUACCCAGUUAGCACCCCUACUGCAAACAAAGGCAAGACUGUUGGUCCUUCCAUACGUAUAAAGUCCCGUUACCAGACUAUUACCAUUUUACCCAUGGAGCAAUACAAGGAGUUUGCAGAAUUUAUCACAAUUAAUUACACUAUGUUAUGCUCAGUCCUGGAACCAGUCAUCAGUGUCAGAAAUAAGGAAGAGAUGGCAUGUGCUUUAGUGCACAUCUUGCAGAGUACUGGCAGAGCAAAGGACUUCCUUGCAGAUCUGGUGAUGUCAGAGGUGGAGCGGUGUGGGGAUCACGAUGUCUUGAUCUUCAGGGAAAACACACUUGCAACUAAAGCCAUUGAGGAGUAUCUGAAGCUGGUUGGACAGAAAUACCUUCAUGAUGCUCUUGGGGAGUUUAUCAAGGCACUAUAUGAGUCAGAUGAGAACUGUGAGGUGGAUCCCAGCAAAUGUUCCUCAAGUGAGCUAUCCGACCACCAGAGCAACUUAAAAAUGUGCUGUGAGCUAGCCUUCUGCAAGAUAAUCAAUUCAUACUGUGUUUUUCCCAGAGAGCUGAAGGAAGUGUUUGCUUCUUGGAAACAGCAAUGCAUAAACCGGGGAAAGCAGGGUAUCAGCGAGCGACUGAUCAGUGCAUCACUCUUUCUUCGCUUCCUUUGUCCAGCAAUUAUGUCUCCCAGCCUCUUUGGGCUAAUGCAGGAGUAUCCCGAUGAUCGCACCUCCAGAACUCUAACACUCAUUGCCAAGGUCAUCCAAAAUCUUGCCAACUUUGCCAAGUUUGGUAAUAAAGAAGAAUACAUGGCCUUUAUGAAUGACUUUUUGGAGCACGAGUGGGGUGGAAUGAAAAGAUUCUUACAAGACAUUUCCAAUCCAGACACCAUUUCGAACACCCCUGGAUUUGAGGGUUACAUAGACCUUGGCCGAGAGCUCUCUGUGCUGCACAGCCUUUUGUGGGAGGUGGUGUCACAGCUGGAUAAGGGUGAAAAUUCCUUCCUACAGGCGACCGUUGAGAAACUGGGACCACUUCCACGUAUUCUAGCUGACAUCACCAAGUCACUGACCAACCCUACUCCAAUCCAACAGCAGCUAAGACGUUUCAGUGAACAUAGUUCCACACCCAAUGUAAGUGGAAGCCUUUCAUCAGGACUCCAGAAGAUUUUUGAGGAUCCAGCAGACAGUGAUAUACAAAGGUUCAGGUCUCCAACAAUUGAAAACCCAGAAAGUUACUUUAGGGGGAAAACGUUACUGCUAGUUCAGCAAGCAUCAACACAGAGUAUGUCAUUUUCUGACAAAGACGAAAGAGAGAAUGUCUUACCCAAUGGACGUAGUGUGUCUUUGAUGGAUCUACAAGACUCCAAUGUUAGUCAUGCUGACCGUUUCUCAGUUGUCCAAGAACCUCCCUUACGUUUUACUGGCAGCCAGUUAUCUAUUGCACAUAUAGCUACCAUCAAACAGCUACGUGAAAACCAGGGCAUGCCUCAGAGCGCCCCACAAGUGAGAAAGCCCUUACAUCCAGCUUUGACACAGCAAAGCAGCCUACAACCCCUAUCUUUCCAAAAUCCUGUAUAUCAUCUGAACAACCCACCACCUGUAAUGCCCAAAGCGUCUGUGGACUCCAGCCUUGAAAAUUUAAGCACUGCCAGCUCUCGAAGCCAGACUAAUAGUGAAGAGUUUAUUCUCAGUGGGCCCAGUAACAGUAGUAUGGAAGAUUUCACAAAGAGGAGCACUCAGAGUGAGGAGUUUACAAGGAUACAUACCAUGCCUGAGAGGCCAAUUCCCAUAGCACUGCCGAGGCAAAACAGCACCGGACAAGCUCAGAUCCGUAAAACGGACCAGGCUGCUCUUGGAGCGCGAGCAAAAGCUCCCCAGUCAAUACCUCACAGUGCCUCAUUGCGUAGUGCAGAAAGCAUGUCUGGGAUCUCCAAUAAUAUGCUUGUGGAGCCAGUGCAGAAUGGAAAUAGUUCCAGACAGCAAUCCACAUCAUCUCGAGAGAGCCCUGUACCCAAACUACGAGCAAUUCACCGUCAGCAGACGCAGCAGGUGCAGUCACCUGUGGACUCCACGACAAUGUCUCCAGUAGAACGGACAGCAGCCUGGGUGCUUUAUAAUGGUCAAUAUGAAGAUGAGGAUGAAACCACAGACCAAAACAAAGAUGAAUCUAAACCUGCAGAGAAGUAUGAGCAAGAGAUUGCAAAACUGAAAGAGCGAUUGAAAAUUUCAAGUCGGCGGCUAGAGGAAUAUGAAAGGCGUCUCUUGGUGCAAGAGCAACAAAUGCAGAAGCUUUUAAUGGAGUACAAAUGUCGACUGGAGGACAGUGAGGAGAGGUUGCGUCGUCAGCAGGAAGAGAAGGACAGCCAAAUGAAAAGUGUCAUCAGCAGGUUAAUAGCUGUAGAAGAGGAGUUGAAAAAAGACCAUGCUGAGAUGCAAGCUGUCAUUGAUGCAAAGCAAAAAAUCAUUGAUGCACAGGAGAAGAGGAUCAUAUCACUGGAUGCAGCCAACACGCGUCUGAUGAGCGCUCUCACACAGGUCAAGGAGCGCUAUAACUCCCAGGUGCGCAAUGGAAUCUCGCCAACCAAUCCUACCAAGCUGUCAAUCACUGAAAAUGGAGAAUUUAAGAACAGCAGUUGUUAAUCUCAAGUCGGGACUCGGUGCCAUCUCUGGAAUUCAGUGCUGCUAAACCAAAAGACAAGUGUAGUGAAGUCCUCUGCAAUAUAAAUAUGUAUGGGAAAAUCCUACCUAUCCAUGCCUUUUAGCGAUAUGGAAGCUUAUUAGCCAUACCGCGCUGUAUAUAGGGUGAAUUUGUUUAUGCUCUGUACAGAGCACUUGUGUAAAGUACCACAGGGAAGUUAAUAUGUAGUACAUAUCGUUUUUUAUUGAAAGGAAAAAGGUUCAUGUUUUUUAUUUGUGUUUAUCUUUCAAUAAGCGGGACUCAUAUAAAAGACUACGGAGAGCUGAAAGAGUGAUGUACAUAUUCCCGGAAUCCAUGCAAUUGGCAGUUGCACUGCAGCAAGAAACAGCAGUACCGGAGACACUCUCUCCUACUCCUCUUAUUCCUAGAAAGACCUAGAGACACUUUCCUCAAGGCUAAAUAAGAACACUAAGAUAGCACAAUGUAAGUUUGGAAGGGGUCAGAACAUUUCUCGAGGCCUCUGUAACAUAUCCCAAUUCAAUCAGUUUUAGAAUGUAUUUUUUUUUUUUAAGAAAUGUUUUGGAGUUUACAGAUGUGUAUAUAUGUAUAUUUUGAUUGUAAAAUGUAAUUAUACAGUUCACAUCUAUACUAUGAAUCACUUUAUGCCGUCUAAGAGGGAAUGGGAACGUCGCUGUACAAAUCAGAAUCUCAAAUUACCCCUGUAGUAUUUUCCCCAGUAGCCUAUAUGUUUUUAUUUCAGGGGCGAUCAUCUAAACUGGCCACAAAGCAGAUGACAUGACGCUGGGUACAUGCAUUGUGUGAAGCAGUGAGAACAUGCUGGAGAAAUGUAUGUCUUGUAGAUUGUGGGCCCCCUGUGUCACUUUAGGAUGUUACAUUUUAACAGUUAUGUCUGGAGUCCUGUCAGUGUUGUUUGAGAUUGCUGAGCAGCCAUUUCCCUUGCAGCUAUUGAGAGAGUAGGACUAGAAUGGAUCUGAAAUGUCUUGCAGGGACCAGUAAUAUCCUGGUACUACCGAGCACUAGGGAAAAGGGCAAUGCUUAAAGGGGUUGUUCACCUUCCAAACACUUUAUUUUAGUUCAAUUGUUUUCAGAUUGUUCGGUAGAAAUGAAGACAUUUUUUAAUUACUUUCCAUUUUUACGUUUUUACCGUUUUUUCCAAAAUCUAAGUUUAAAGUUGAAUGUCCCUGUCUCUGGUGUUUCAGUCUGGCAGCUCAGUAAUUCAGGCGCAGACUCUGAACUGUUACAAUUUUGCAACAUUGAGUUGAUACAUUUCUCAGCAGCAUCUCUGGAGUAUUAGCAACUAUUGUAUCAAUUCUAACAAUUGCCUUUAGGGAAAGGCCAGACGUGGCGUUUUUACGUUGCAUUUUUAAAAAAGCUCCGUUGAGUGUAAAUACGCCACUCAAACCACACGCAACCACCAACAUGCGUUUUUCAAGGUUUCUUUUCCCAAAAUGCACUUCUCAUUGUUCUCGCUCCCCAUAAUUCUGCUGGCUAGAAAUGUAAAUGCAACGUAAUUACGUCACCUGCCUAAUACGCUGUAAAAACGUAUAUGCGGCAUUCAUCUCGCGAGAAUUUGGACGCCAUCUUUAAAAUACACUGCAUAUUUACAUAAACUUGCAGAUCUCAUAGUCUAAUGAUUUGGUAGUUUCUUGACGUAUUGGCGUUUCUGCUGAAAAACGCCAAUAUUGGUGUCCUGUAGCGGAUUUCAACUUGCAAGCACCCUGUGAGAAUUAUCGUAGUGUGUUUUCCAAUAGUUUCAGUGGUGGUGCAGUUUAUGCGUAUUUAUGCCCAACGGAGCUUUUUUUAAAAACACAACGUAAAAACGCCACGUCUGGUGUUGCCCUUAAUGAAACUCAAGGAUUCUGCUCAGCAGGGACAAAGAUAACAAAUGUAUCAACUAAAUGUAUCAAUUUAGAACAGUUGUCGAGGACCCCCACCUCCCAGAGCUGCUUCAGAAGGUGAAAAAUGAAACUUUACACUUCAGUAUGAGAAAAACUGUCACAUAUAGAAAAUACAAAGUAAUUGGAAAAAGUCAUGAUUUCUGGUGAACAAUCUGAAACCAACUAGUUGUUGGAAGGUGAACAACAACCUUAAAUGUCACCGUGCAGAGAUUGAAUGUAGGCAAUUCAGACAGUGCUUUCAUGGUUGGUAACUGUUAACACAGCAGAAGAAGUGUGCUCUGCAGUUUUGUUGUGACUAACAAUGUUUUUGGAACAAAAAAAGCUUUUUGUGUAUAAAAACAGAUGCUACGUACAGUUCACUGCUUCAGUAUAAAUGCAUAUGUAUAAGCCAGCACAUUGUUCUCUGUGCUAUAAAAGUUGUGUGAUUGAGCUGUUCCUAUGCACAGUUGUGUGUGUGUGUGUGUCAGAAUAUUGAAGGAGAAUCUAAUCAUCUAUUAAAAACUUCUAACUGUCCUGUCCUUCCAUUAGAUAGAUCAGGGUUGUUUAAUUACAGUUGCUAUUAGGCCUGGUAAGGGACAAUACAACCUACUGGUUGAUGUUUUACAGGUGGUUAAUGUUUACCAAUCUGUUGGCAUUCCCUGUUAUGGCUAGAGGAGUUACCAGCCUGUCUGGGACCCAAACAGUUACACAAAAUGUCCAUUCACACACACGCACAUCCCAUUUAUUGGCAUUUUCACUGGUUGGUGACACUACGGUGCAUUGCUACUUGGUGGCCUCCAACAGUGAAAAGUGCUUAUGUAGCUGCAUCAUAGGACCCUUCUUCCCUCUCUGCAAUGGAGACCAACAUUUUUCUAAAGGGCUAAUUCAAGGGUGUUGAGAAACUGUGCCUGCUGUCUGACUGAAAUGAGAGAAAUCUGUCCAUGUUCAGUGGUUUUUAUUAUUUAUUUAUUGUCUGUCCUUGUUUUCUUGCUCAUCUCUUCCUCUUGUUUCUCUCACCUCAUGAAUCUUUCUCUUCUUCAACAUCCAGGGAUUUUAUGGUUAAAAAAAAAAGUUGGUUUUUAAACCAUUAAGGAAAUUCGAUAUUUUAUUAUUGUUAAUGCCUACAAUAAAAUGGAUUCUGUAUUUAAAAAA